AUGUCAAAGCAGUAUGUUGGAAACGUCCAUAUUCAGGUGACUGAAGCUCUGCUCCAGGACGUUUUUGCUAGCACUGGUCCUGUAGAAAGCUGUAAGCUUAUUAGGAAGGAACAGUCUUCCUAUGGUUUUGUCUCAUACUUUGAUCUACGAUCAGCUGGUCUGGCUAUCGUCUCUCUCAAUGGAAGGCAUUUGUUUGGGCAACCUAUCAAAGUUAACUGGGCUUAUGCUAGUGGCCAGAGGGAGGAUACAUCAGGGAUGCAAGGGUUAUGUGGGAUCAGAAAACUGGCCGUUCAAGAGGAUUUGCUUUUGUUUCUUUCCGAACCAACAGGAUGCUCAGACUGCAAUAGAUGA